AUCUCAUGUGAUUCCAUGUACAGGUAUUUUGUUGUCGUUGAUGAUAUAUGGAAUGUGGAGGCAUGGGAUAUUAUUAAGUUUGCAUUCCCCAUGACAAGUUCUGGCAGCAUCAUAAUCACCACUACUCGUAUAAAUGAAGUUGCCAAAUCAUGCUGUUCAUCUUUCAGUGGCAAUAUUUAUGAUAUAAAGCCUCUUAAUUCAGUGCAUUCAGGAGAGCUAUUUCAUAGAAGACUAUUCGACUCCGAAGAUAAUUGCCCUCCACACCUUGAAGAAGUUUCUAAUCAAAUCUUGGAAAAAUGUGCUGGAUUACCUUUGGCAAUCAUAGCUAUAUCUGGUUUGCUGGCUAACACAAGAAGAACAGAGGACCAAUGGAGCAAAGUAAAAGAUUCAAUUGGUCGUGCACUUGAAAGGAAUCAUGAUGUUGAAGUAAUGAUGAAGAUAUUGUCACUUAGUUAUAUUGAUCUGACUGCUCAUCUGAAGACUUGUCUCUUAUAUAUCAGUAUAUUUCCUGAGGAUUCUUCAAUUCAUAGGAUUAAUCUGAUACGGGACUGGAUAGGUGAAGGAUUCAUUCCUAAAGAAGAAGGGCUUACAAUACAUGAGACAGGAGAAAGGUGUUUUAAUGAGCUCCUCAAUAGGGGCUUGAUCCUACCUGGGGAAACAAAUGAAUAUGGUGAGGUGAGGUAUUGUCGAGUUCAUGACGUAAUUCUUGAUUUCAUCAAAUCCAAGUCUAUUCAAGAGAACUUUGUUACUUUCCUGAGUAUUUCCAAUCCAAAAGCUGGGACAGAAAGCAUUCACCGGUUAUCUCUACAAGGUGGCAAGCAAGAAAAUUCAACAAUACCAACAGCAGGCUUGGAUUUAUCCCAUGUCAGAUCAGUGUAUGGAGCUUCCGUGGAAAUGCCUUCUUUAGAGAAGUUCAGACAUCUGCGUGUUCUGCACUUGAUCCACUAUGUCCGUUAUUCAGAACAAAAUCUUGAAAAUCUAGUGAGGUUGUUCCAGCUGAGUUACUUGAACUUGAGACAUGUAGGAAUAAGAGAGCUCCCAAAACAAAUUGGGCGUUUAGGGUGCUUAGAGGUACUAGACCUAAGAGAAAAUCCGGUAAAGGAAUUACCUGCAUCUAUUGUUAAUCUCAGAAAAUUGUCGCAUCUACUUGUUGAGUAUGGUGUUAAAUGUCCUGAUGGGGUUGCGAAGAUGGAAGCAUUGGAGGCGUUGAAAGAGGUCGGUGUCUCCAUACAGUCAUUAGACUUUGUGUCGGGCCUUGGCCAGCUGAAGAAUUUGAGUAACCUGGCCCUUGAUUCUAACACCAAUGAUACAAUUGAAGCUGCGGAAGAGCGCAACAGAGCUAUCGUAUCUUCCCUGUGUGAGCUAGGCACCCAGAACCUGCAGUCCCUGACUAUUCGGGAUGGGAGAGGCCUCUUACAGGUACAUCUGUGCGAGCUUACCCUCGAGAAGCUUGUUAACUUCUUUUUAGCCAUCCCGCAGAUCCCGAAAUGGGCAAGCUCCCUCAGGAACCUCCAAAAGCUAAUCCUUGAAGUGAAGGGAGUUAAGCAGGAUGAUAUCUGCAUGCUUGGGGCCUUACCCUCUCUGCUCAUUCUGCACCUAAAGGAACAAACAAUGUCAAACGAGCUCAGAAUCAGUGGUGAAGUUGGUUUCCUAUCCUUGAAGAUUUUUAUUUAUGAUGCAAAAUAUCACACGGUAGAUCACAUGUUUGCAGCACGAUCCAUGCCCAAGCUAGAAAAACUCGUGCUUAUUUGCCACGUAGCUGAAGCUGACUCGCUGGACUUUGGAAUGGAGAACCUCCGCUGCCUCAGUACUAUCAGAUGCGAAGCAAAUGGCGACAGGGGCAUUGUUCAAGCUGCAAAGACUGUCAUGGAGAGAGCAGUCAGCACACAUCCGAACCACCCUAAUCUACUCUUUUUGCGUGUUGACAAAUAUGUUUGGUCUCUAAUUCCCAGCUUUGAUUAAAUAAGUCAAGAAUCAGGAACAGAAGAGUUGCCGCUGCUCGUUGUCUGGACGGCCAAUUUUCAAGUUUAAGAUUGCUUAGCUCGAUACUUCUCUCUUAUGUGGUACCCCAGUACACUGUACUCUCUCCGUUGGAUGAUGGAGACUACAUAGUAUCUGUGCGUUUGUACAAAAGUUUCACCACCUGGUUUAGUUUAACUACAAAGCACCAUACUGGUGAUGGAGACUACCA